AAAAAAAAAUUCCAACUUUCUCUUUCUCAAGCAAAUAGUUUCUUUUUUAUCGAUUUCGAAUUUCGACGACGGAAAAACCUUCUUGCUUCAUGCGUUGUUGAUGGUAUUAGUGGCCUUACUUCUCGAUCUUUGUUCUGCGAUUCUCUCUCUUUCGCUCGCUUGAUCUCUAGGGUUUCUCCCUCUGUCGCCGCUGGAGGCACUUUUCCUGUGAUACAGAAGAGUUUGUAUUGGCAGAGUUUGAAGUGGCGGAGCAAUGAAUACCAUAGAGAACUUAUGAUAGCUUCUUCAGGGGGUCAUUCUACGAUUUGGGGGAUGAUACGGGUACGACCGGAACAACCAUGUUUGAUGACUUGAGCCUUGAACAUUGAGGUCUGCCGCAUGUUUAGAUUUGCAAAAUAGCAAAAUGGAUGACGAUAGAGAGAUGGGGAUGUUAUUUCCUAUUUGGAACGGCUUGAGUCCGACUGAAUUGACCGAGUCUCAUGGCAUAAUGUUCUCUUGCUUCAUUGCCGCUCUUGUUGGUAUUUUGACCAUAGCCUAUACAGCUUUUCAAUGGCGAAGAAAUAUCAAUUUAAGUUGGACGAAAGCCAUUGCGAGGUCAAAGAAAAAUCCUAAGGCCCGGCAUAAAACUCCUAUCGCCCCGCAUAGUUGGGAACUAGACUCUAUGUCUCGUGGGAAGAACUUGAAUUGCUGUGUAUGCUUGAAGUCUAUGUCACCAUCUCAAACGAUUGUGGCUUCAGAAAGUUUUAUUCACAAGUGCACCAUAUGCGGUGCUGCUGCCCACUUAAGUUGUUCUUCAAGUGCUCAUAAAGAUUGUAAAUGCGUGUCCAUGAUUGGAUAUGAGCAUGUGAUGCACCAAUGGGCAAUGCGGUGGACAGAAGGUGCUGACCAACUUGAUGAGUCCUCAUUUUGUAGCUACUGUGAAGAGCCAUGUAGUAGCUCCUUUCUGGGGGGCUCCCCCAUAUGGUGCUGCUUGUGGUGUCAACGGCUUGUACACGUUGACUGUCAUAGCAAUAUGUCAAAUGAAACUGGUGAUGUUUGUGAUUUAGGCCCACUUAGAAGGUUAAUUCUAUCCCCUCUCUUUGUGAAGGAAUUGACACGAGGCCCUUCUGGUGGCUUUCUGAGCUCAAUCACUCAUGGAGCAAAUGAAUUAGCUUCUUCAGUUCGAGCAAGUAUCAGGAGUCAAAGCAAAAAGUACAAGCAUGCUAAUGAACCUUCAGUUGACACAAUUAACAAUGGUAGCAUUUCCGACCCAUCAACGGAAAGCACAGCUGAUGGAAAUCUAGCUGAAAAUGGUAUGCAUGCCAUGGCCAUGCAAGAAAAUUGUAACAGUCAUAUGAAUGGUGGUUCCUCUCAUGCGGACAGUGACAGUAAUAGCAAGCUGGAAUCAAGGCCAAGUUUUAAGAGUGGAUCUCUCAGUCAGAAGGAAGAAUAUCAGGCACUAAGAUCAAAAUUGAAGUAUGAGUUGGCUGAAUUGCCUCCAGAUGCAAGGCCAUUGUUGGUUUUCAUCAACAAAAAGAGUGGUGCUCAACAUGGUGAUUCCCUUCGCCAACGCCUUAACCUUCUACUGAACCCAGUACAGGUAGUUGAAUUGAGUUCAGUGCAGGGACCAGAAGUGGGACUUUUCCUCUUCAGGAAAGUUCCCCAUUUUAGAGUUCUUGUAUGCGGUGGAGAUGGCACUGUUGGUUGGGUACUGAAUGCAAUUGACAAGCAGAAUUUUGUCUCUCCUCCUCCGGUUGCUAUUCUUCCUGCUGGAACGGGUAACGAUCUAGCCAGAGUACUUAACUGGGGCGGUGGCUUAGGAUCGGUGGAGAGACAAGGAGGCCUAUGUACUGUGUUACAGCAAAUAGAGCAUGCUGCAGUCACUGUCCUUGAUCGUUGGAAAGUAUCAAUUCUAAAUCAACAAGGAAAACAACUUCAGCCACCAAAAUAUAUGAACAACUAUAUAGGGGUUGGGUGUGAUGCUAAGGUAGCCCUGGAUAUCCACAACCUACGGGAGGAGAAUCCUGAGAGAUUUUAUAGCCAGUUUAUGAACAAAGUUCUCUAUGCUAGGGAAGGUGCGAAAAGUAUAAUGGACAGGACAUUUGAAGAUUUCCCGUGGCAGGUACGGGUUGAGGUGGACGGUGUUGAAAUUGAGGUUCCUGAGGAUGCAGAAGGAGUACUAGUGGCAAACAUAGGAAGCUACAUGGGUGGGGUAGACUUAUGGCAGAACGAAGAUGAAACAUAUGACAACUUUGACCCGCAGUCUAUGCAUGAUAAGAUAGUAGAGGUCGUGAGUAUAUCCGGAACGUGGCAUCUUGGAAAGCUCCAGGUAGGGUUAUCUCGAGCAAGAAGGCUGGCUCAGGGGCAAUUAGUCAAGAUACAGCUGUGUGCUCCGUUGCCGGUUCAAAUCGAUGGGGAACCUUGGUUUCAGCAGCCUUGCACACUAGUCAUAACGCAUCAUGGCCAGGCGUUCAUGCUAAAGAGGGCAGCGGAGGAGCCGCUCGGGCACGCAGCAGCCAUAAUAACAGACGUAUUGGAGGAUGCGGAGACGAAUCAAGUGAUAAACGCUUCCCAGAAACGAGCUCUUCUCCAAGAAAUGGCACUCCGUUUGACAUAAAACCUGGUCAGUGUUUGUCUCUGUUAAAUUUAUGCGGUCUUCCUCCCUGCGUGUGUAACAUAAGAAACGUGGUUGGAAGAUGAAAACCCGGUGGGUGGGUCUUAUUUAUGUGUAUUUGGUGGUUUGCUUUGUUAUGAUGAAUAGCGAUACAAAGAGGGUUUCAUAACUAAAACUCGCCCCCUUAUUCAAACCCAGGCGUGAAUUUUUUUUUUUUUUUUUUUUGGUUUUUGUUUUGGGGUGUUGUAAAGAUGAAAUUUGGUUACUAAAGUUUGUCUUUUCUUUUGAUAAGUGUGCAAGAAAACUGAAUGAUACAAGUACCA